AUGUCUGGAUCAAAAAUAGAUAAAAAAUACCAUGAUUUGCCAUUAUUUGAUUUUGUAGCUGUUGCAUCUGCUACUGGUAACUUCUCUGAAUCAAAUAAACUAGGAGAAGGUGGUUUUGGUCAGGUUUACAAGGGUGUGCUACUAAAGGGACAAGAUAUAGCAGCCAAGAGACUCUCAUGUAAUUCUAGGCAAGGUCUUCAAGUGUUUGAGAAUGAAGCUAUAAUAAUAGCUAAGCUUCAACAUAGGAAUCUUAUCAGACUUCUAGGGUGUUGCAUUGAAGAAGAUGAAAGGGUGCUAAUCUAUGAGUACAUGCCAAACAAAAGCUUGGACUACUUUAUUUUUGAUCAGGAUAAAAGAACAUUGCUGAAUUGGCCAAAAAGAUUUGACAUUGUAAUGGGAAUUGUUCAAGGACUCCUCUACCUCCAUCAUGAUUCAAGUUUGCGAAUCAUUCAUAGGGAUCUAAAAUCCAGCAAUAUCUUACUAGACAAUGAUUUGAACCCAAAAAUUUCUGACUUUGGCAUAGCUAAAAUUGUUGAAGCUGACCAACUUGAGGCAGAAACAAAGCAAGUGGCAGGGACAUGUGGUUAUAUGUCCCCGGAGUAUGCAAUCAAUGGAAAAUUUUCAGUAAAAUCAGAUGUGUUUGGUUUUGGCGUUCUUUUGCUAGAGAUAGUAACUGGCAAAUGUAACAGAAGGUUUAAUCACCCAGAUCAUCAGCAUAAUCUUUUGGGACAUGCAUGGCUGCUGUGGCAUGACAACAGGGCUUUAGAGCUACUGGAUCCAUGUUUGAAGCAUUCAUGUGUUGAAUCUCAGGUGCUUAGGUGCAUACAAGUGGGUUUGCUUUGUGCUCAAAAACUUGCGGAGAAUAGGCCAAUUAUGUCUGAUGUAGCAGUCAUGUUGGGCAACGAAGAGGUUACAUUGCCUGAACCGAAAGAGCCUGGUUUUUUCACAAAAAGGCGUGCCCGUGACACAGACACAUUGAAUGAUGAUAGAAUCUGUUGCACUAAAAAUUCAGUGACUAUAACAACGUUGGAAGCUAGAUAA